AUGUACAAUAAGAUGUCCAGCUUCGAUUCUUCAGAUGGCGAAAUUUGCCAGACUGUUUGCGAGUCAGACCAGUACUAUGAACCGGCCAAUCACUAUUACACCCAGAUGUAUCCGGCGGAUUCCCAAAAUACAGGCGGUCACGUGUUACCACUGGAGGAGGAAGGCUACUGGGGAUCUCCGUGCAGUUCCAACGAAUCCCAAGAUGAACGGGGCGAAUACUCUCCCAGUCAGCAUGCGCUCUCGUCGCAAACCGGCCCGGAAGGAUCAUCCCCCUUUGGCAGCGGUCAAUAUCAGCUGCACCAGCAGGUCUACUGUUCCGUCGGUUUCGACAAAUCCAAUUACGUAUGCGACGAAGGUUACUAUGGUGCCACGCCCACUACCACAACUACCGUCAACGGAGGCGCCAUCGGAUCCAUCAAUACGUCCAACUCCCUCGUCACUGGCAGUCUUCCGGUUGUGCGAGUAGUCAAAAGACGAAACACGGCAAACAAGAAAGAACGCCGACGGACUCAAAGCAUUAACUCAGCGUACACUUCCCUUCGGGAUCGGAUCCCUAACGUCCCGAACGACACCAAACUGUCUAAAAUUAAAACACUGCGGCUAGCCAUUUCCUAUAUUGCUCAUCUGCUUGCGGUAGUGAACGGCAGCCAAGAUCCAUCCUGCGAUUUCCGGGCCGAGCUGGUGCCAUCAUCCCGGAAGAUUAACGCCGAGCGGAGGGCCCAGAAGAACAUGAUGCACGUAAGUUAUUUUACCAUCAAUGUUCUAUCAGCAAACAAAAACACUCAUUCUUUUCGAAAACCAGAAUUGGAAGAAGGAAAAAAGAUUAAAGGUAGAACUGGAUGGCCACAGCACGUAUGGGCGUUAGAAACCAAAACUACCAUCAAAUAA